GAGACGAAGUUAAUAGAUGUUGUAAUAAAGGCACAAGCUUCAACACUCUACUCUCUCUCUCAACAUUGCUCACUUUCCAUUACUGUCAACUCUGAACCUUAACUAAAACCCUAGUUAUCUUGCACUAUCUUCCCCACUACUCAUAUUGGACACACACACACACACACACAUGCUUGCUGCUGUCUACUUUAUUACACGAACAUUUCUGGGUUCAAGAUUUAGGUGGCUCUAUUGUUUUGUGGUUUGAGAUCUGAAGAGUUCUUGAGAUUUGGUCAUAUGCUUUUCUUGAGGUGCUUUUGAGCUGAGCUUUUUUGUGGGUUGUGAGAUAGUUUUAAAGGUGACAUUUUUGGUUGAGGAUUAGAGUGUUUAGAGGAGGUUAUGAAGCUGAAAUCUUUGUUAUUUUGUUUUGGUUGAAGAUGGUGUAGCUCAUUCUGUUUUAUUUCAUCACUUGUAUGUUUGUUGUGCAAUAUUUUGAUAAAUUCUCUUGUGUUUUGUAUUGGGUUUAAGGUAGUAGUAGUGGUGGUCCUAAUUGGGGGUGUUGGGGCAAAAAAGAGCAAGUUAUUAUGGUGUUUUUGGGUGUUAAAGAAGUGAAAGAAGAAGCUUUUGAGCAGUUUUGGUGUUCGGGUUUGGGGAAAUUUGCAGUAAAUUGUUGGAUUUGAUAAUUGUGUCUGCGCCUUUGUGGGGGAAAGGUAAGUAUUUAAUCUACAAACAUGAGGCUGUCUUCUGUUGGUUUCAAUCAGCAGUCGCCGGAAGGAGAAAGUAGAUGCCUUAAUUCAGAACUUUGGCAUGCUUGUGCGGGGCCUCUUGUUUCGCUUCCUGCAGUUGGAAGCCGUGUGGUAUAUUUCCCUCAAGGUCACAGUGAACAGGUUGCUGCGUCAACAAACAAAGAAGUGGAUACUCAUAUCCCAAAUUACCCAAGUUUACCACCACAACUAAUAUGCCAGCUUCACAAUCUAACUAUGCAUGCUGAUGUUGAGACGGAUGAAGUUUAUGCUCAAAUGACUCUGCAACCGCUAAACCCACAAGAGCAGAAGGAGGCGUUCCUUCCCUCGGACUUAGGAUCCGCCAGCAAACAGCCAACUAAUUAUUUCUGCAAGACAUUGACUGCAAGUGACACAAGUACUCACGGUGGAUUUUCAGUACCUCGUCGCGCAGCUGAAAAAGUGUUUCCUCCACUGGACUUCUCGCAGCAGCCUCCUGUUCAAGAACUGAUUGGAAGAGAUCUGCAUGACAAUGAAUGGAAAUUUAGGCAUAUCUUUCGUGGACAACCAAAGAGGCAUCUACUUACAACAGGAUGGAGUGUUUUUGUAAGUGCAAAGAGACUUGUUGCUGGUGAUUCUGUCCUCUUUAUAUGGAAUGAGAAGAAUCAGUUACUUCUCGGUAUUCGACGUGCUAGCCGACCACAAGCUUUUAUGCCUUCAUCAGUCUUAUCAAGUGAUAGUAUGCACUUGGGGCUCCUUGCUGCUGCAGCCCAUGCAGCCUCCACCAAUAGCCGAUUCACCAUUUUCUACAAUCCAAGGUCUAGUCCCUCAGAAUUUGUCAUACCUCUUGCCAAGUAUGUUAAAGCAGUCUAUCAUACUCGGGUUUCCGUUGGCAUGCGCUUUCGGAUGCUAUUUGAAACAGAAGAAUCAAGUGUCCGUCGAUAUAUGGGCACUAUAACUGGAAUAAGUGACCUGGACUCAGUUCGGUGGCCAAACUCUCAUUGGCGCUCAGUAAAGGUGGGCUGGGAUGAAUCUACAGCUGGGGAGAGGCAGCCAAGGGUGUCCCUCUGGGAAAUUGAACCUCUAACGACAUUCCCCAUGUAUCCAUCUCCAUUUCCUCUCAGACUCAAGCGACCAUGGCCACCAGGAUUACCCUCUUUUAAUGGAAUGAAGGAUGAUGGUCUGGGUAUGAACUAUCCACUUGCAUGGAUUCGAGGGGAUUCUGGAGCUCAGGGAUUUCAGUCUCUUAACUUUCAGGGGAUUGGAGUUUCACCUUGGUUGCAUCCAAGACUAGAUGCUUCAAUGCUUGGUACAGAAACUGCAGAUGUUUACCAGGCCAUGGCUGUUGCUGCUCUUCAGGAUAUGAGGGCGGUUGAGACAUCCAAACAAACAGUACCAUCACUUCUUCAAUUACAGCAAGCUCAAGGGGGUUCUAGCAGAUCAGAUAGUUUACUGUCCAAUGAGAUGAUGCGUCAGUCACUUCCUCAACCUCAAUAUCUUCAGAAUCUUGGCGAAAACUUGUCAGUAGCCCAAACACAGUCCCAUCUUCUCCAGCAGCAGAAUUCAUUUAUUAAUCAACUGCAGCAACAGCAACAACAGGACCACCAACAGCAGCAGCAUUACCGCCAGCAGCUGCAGCAGCAACAGCAGCAGCAGCAACAACAACAACAGCAGCACCAACAACAGCAACAGCAGCAGCAACAACAUCAACAGCAGCAGCAGAAGCAGGAACAACAGCAGCAACCACAUAUACGAUCACAACAGCAGCAAUUUGCUGAUGGUCGUCAGGUUUCUGGCGUUGUCCCUCUCUUGUCCCAGUUUACUUCUCACACUCAGUCCCCUUCAUUCCAAACCAUUUCGUCCAUGCAACAGAGCUUUUCUGACUCCAGCACGAACCCUGUUCCAAAUUCUGUUGUUUCUCCUCUGCACAGUCUGUUGGGUUCAUUUCCCCAGGACGAUACAUCCCAGCUUAUCAGUUUUCCUAGGUCCAGCUCUUUGUUAACCUCUUCAGGGUGGCCCCCGAAACGAGUUGCAGUUGACCCUAUCCUGUCAUCUGGAACAAGACAAGGAGCUAUGCCUCCUGCAGAUCACUUAGCACCACUUCAUUCUAACAUCACUCAGUGCAAUGUUUCUUUACCCCCAUUCCCCGCCAGGGAUUGCUCAAUUGAGCAGGACGGGAGCAAUGACCCACAAAGCCAUCUUCUUUUUGGGGUUAAUAUAGAUUCAACAUCUCUCUUGCAAAAUGGGAUUUCAAGCCUCAGGGAAGUUGGUAGUGAUGGAGAUUCCACAACCAUACCUUUUGCCUCUAACUACAUGACUACUGCAGGAACAGAUUAUUCACUUAAUACAAUGACACCAACCAAUUGUAUUGAUGAGUCCAGUUUUCUGCAGUCUCCUGAUGAUGCAGGGCAGGCAAACCCUUCUAGCAGAACCUUUGUUAAGGUGUACAAGUCAGGUUCCUUUGGGCGAUCACUGGAUAUAGCAAAAUUCAGCAGCUAUAAUGAGCUGCGUAGUGAACUUGCUCACAUGUUUGGUCUUGAAGGCCAAUUAGAGGAUCCUUUGAGAUCAGGCUGGCAGCUUGUAUUUGUCGACAGGGAGAAUGAUGUUCUCCUUCUUGGCGAUGAUCCAUGGCCGGAGUUUGUGAACAGCGUCUGGUGUAUAAAGAUACUGUCACCACAGGAGGUGCAGCAAAUGGGGAAACAAGGUAUAGAGCUUCUGAACUCGGUUCCUGUUCAGAGGCUCUCCAGCACCAGCUGUGACAACUAUGCGAGCCAACAAGAUUCGAGAACUCUGAAUGCGGGGAUUGCAUCCGUGGGUUCCCUUGAUUACUGAAACUUUCAAACUAGAUAAACAACUGUCUUGACUGUAAUAUUACAAUUUCUCGUCAAUACUAGUAUGGCAGGAGAAAUUUCCUCUAGCUUAAGCUUUUUUUAUAAGCUAAUAUUGUAAUUAUAGUAUUUUAUUUGUUUCUAUAUAAGAUGUUUCUUAACAAAGAAAAAUAUAUAUAGUGUACUUGAUAGGA